CAGCCAUAAAGCUUCCAAAACAUAAUCACACUCUUAUGCACAUCACAACAACCAAAUUGGCACCAACAAAAAUAUAUGAAAACCCAACAAAUUUUGCAAACCAACUGUCUUUAUCCCCUUCCCUUUUCUCUCCCAAUCCCCCCAUUAAAUCUUUUCCCCAUUCAUUCAUUCAUUCAUCCAUCCAUCCGUCAUCUUCUUCCUCCUCCUCUCACUCACCCCACCACACCGCACUCUGUUUUUGCAUCUUUACCCAUCACUUGUUUUCAAGCAAGAAGAGGAAUGACUCGCCUAUUUCGAUCCAAAUCGUGCGGCCACGUCAGAAUCGCGGAAUUCAAGCCGCCGCCGCCGCCGCCGAGCUCGUAUUACGACAGUGACGAUGAGGACGAAGGAGAAGAGGAUGAGGAGGAAGAAGAGGACGAUUAUUAUGAUGGGGUUGGGGUAAAUGAAAAUGGGUAUGGCGUGAUUCUGAGAAAUUCGGUCUCUGAUAAUGAAGACGAGAAGCGGGAGGAAGCUACUAGGCAUGGUAAUAAUGGGAAUCAGUUUCCGAUUCUAGACAUUCUGGUCACGGCAUUGAGGAAAUCGCUGAUUACUUGCAGUGUGGAGACGGAUGAUGUUUGUUCGAUGGAUAUUAGCUCGCCGGUGAAUGUGAGGCACGUUUCUCAUGUUACGUUUGAUAGGUUCAAUGGGUUUCUGGGUUUGCCUACUGAGUUCGAGCCUGAGCUGCCCACCAGAGUUCCCAGCGCUAGUGCUAGCGUUUUCGGAGUUUCUGCCAAGUCAAUGCAGUGUUCUUUUGAUGACAGAGGAAAUAGUGUCCCAACAAUUCUUCUUAUGAUGCAAAAGCGGUUGUACUCAGAGGGAGGUCUAAAAGCAGAAGGAAUAUUUCGAAUAAAUGCUGAAAAUAGUCAAGAAGAGUUUGUCCGAAACCAACUAAACCGAGGCGUAGUGCCACAAGGCAUUGAUGUUCACUGUUUAGCAGGCUUGAUAAAGGCAUGGCUUAGAGAACUUCCUACAGGAGUGCUCGACACGCUAUCCCCAGAACAAGUGAUGCAUUGCAACACAGAGGAAGACUGCACUCAACUGGUCAAGUUACUCCCUCCCAUGGAAGCUGCUAUCCUUGACUGGGCUAUCAAUUUGAUGGCGGAUGUCGUGCAACAUGAGACGUACAACAAGAUGAAUGCACGUAACAUUGCAAUGGUUUUCGCACCAAACAUGACUCAGAUGGCUGAUCCUUUGACUGCACUAAUUCAUGCUGUACAAGUAAUGAACUUGCUUAAGACCCUUAUUCUUAAGAUCCUUCAAGAAAGGGAAGAAUCAGAGGCUAGGCAGCAGUCCUCUUGCGUGGAUCCUCCCAGCCAUAAGAACAAUACCACAUCUUCAAAUUCAACCAGUGGUGAACCCACAAAGCUACAUUCGAAUGCUAUCACUGGAACAGAAUCUGCAAGCAACGACAUGAGAUGCACCAGUUUGGAUGCAACUGACCACAACUCCGGACAAAACUUUGAAAGCUUUGAAGAGAAAGAUGAAGAAGAAGAGCAAUACCAUUCAGCUUCUGGAAGAAGUACUCCAAUCAGAUACGGAAUCGAGACGUUACAAAGUGGAUGUAGAGAAGGAUAUGAAACAAGUGACUGGCUAAGUUUGAGAAAAGGGGUGAGGAAGCUAUGCAGGCACCCUGUAUUUCAGCUGAGUAAGCCAACUAAAAAGAAUAGAAGUUUUGGAGUUGUAACUUGUAAGUAUUAGGAAACAAGGGGGAAACCUUGCAUAGAACAUCUGCCGACUGCUAAGGAAGGAAGUUGUGUCCUGUCCACCUAUUCCUUAGACUUUCUGCUUGGGUUUGUGUAAACAGUUCUGGUAAAACAGAUGCGAGUGUGUGAUUAUUAACUGGUUGGAAUUGGAUAAAUCUCAAAUGUUCCUGAACAACCGAGUGCUUUAGAUCUCUAGAGUAAGAAGAAAACUGGAAACUGCAUUUAUGGAGUCGUCUUUCUUCCCUUAUGAAAUUAAGAUCACUGAGAUUGAUUCCCGAGGUAAUGAAAGAGUAUCCAUUUCUUUUAUUAA